AUGCAAAGAUUACUAUUAUGGAAUGACCUUAGAAGAUUGGCUCAGAAUUUGCAGGAUCCAUGGCUUGUUAUUGGAGACUUCAACAAUGUGCUCACCAAUAUUAACAGAAUUGGAGGUAACAUAGUCAAAGACUCUGAAUUUAAAGACAUGGAAGACAUGAUGGCAGAUAGUGGAUUACAUGCUCAUGAUACCAGUGGCAAUCAUUUCACAUGGUCCAAUGACCAUCACCCUCUGAAAAUGGACUUGAAAGAUCAGCAAAAUGUGACAAGACCUAAGACACAUUUCAAGUUUAUGAACCACAAUACCAUUAACCCUUUGUUUUUGCACUGUGUAGCAGAAAUUUGGAAUGCUAGAAAUGAAGGUACUUCUAUGUACAAAGUAUGGUGGAAACUAAAAAAGCUACAACCCCAUAUGAGACAACUUGCUAGACAUAUGUCUGAAGGACUGAAAGACUUACAGAAUAAAAGAGACCAACUCAAACAAGCUAAAAUCCUGCUAGCCACUGACCUCACCAACACACAAUAUGUAGCAGAGGUAAAGAGGUGUAAGGAAGAGAUCCUGAAGACUAUGGAGACUGAAGAGAAGAUUCUGGGCCAGAGGGCCAAGGUGAGUUGGUUGAAACUUGGGGAUGGGAAUAAUUCUUAUUUCCAUGCCAUUAUUAAAGGGAAGAACAAAGCUACAGGUAUAACUGUUUUGGAAGAUCAUGUAGGGAGAACUAUGAGUGAACCUAAAGACAUUGAGGCUGAAGUGUUGAGAUUCUAUACAAAGCUUGUUGGCACUAACAGCAACUCACUCCUCCACAUUGACAUUGAUGCUAUUAGAAAAGGAGCCCAAUUACAACAUCACCAUGUUGAGUCCUUGACUGCUCCUGUCUCAAACCUUGAGAUCCUCCAAGCCUUGAAAAGUAUUGGGGAGAACAAAGCUCCAUGUAUAGAUGGUUACACAUCUAUGUUUUUUAAAACUGCUUGGCCUGUUAUUGGUAGUGAUAUUAGAGAUGUUGUUCAUGAGUUUUUUAACUACAAUAGAAUAUAUAGGCCUAUUAACCGUGCUUUAGUAACUCUCAUUCCCAAAUUCCCUGCUGCAAAACAUAUGAAGGACCUUAGGCCUAUUGCUUGUUGCACUACCUUGUACAAAGUAAUAAACACUGUGGUAGACUACAGCCAGUCAACAUUCAUCCCUGACAAAGUGAUACAGUACAACAUUAUUAUUGCCCAAGAGCUUAUCAGAGGAUAUACUAGGAAGCACAUAUCCCCUAAGUGCACUAUCCAACUUGAUAGUCAGAAAGCAUAUGAAACCCUAGAAUGGCAGGCCCUUGAGGAUAUCAUGAGAGAAAUGAGGUACAAUAUUAAUGGGCACUAUAGUGAUUAUCUCCCAGCAAAGAGGGGCCUUAGACAAGGUGACCCAAUAUCUCCCUUAUUAUUUGUGAUAGCCAUGGAGUAUCUCCAUAGAUGCUUAAGGAAACUGCAGCAAAAUCUUGACUUUAAGUUCCAUCCAAAAUGUGGCAAACUAGGCAUUGUUAACAUUUGCUUUGCUGAUGACUUAAUGCUCUUUACAAGAGGUGAUAAGAUUUCUGGUACCCUGUUGAUGUCAAUCUUCAAGGACUUCUCUGCAGCCACUGGUCUUAGAGCUACUCCCACUAAAUGUAAAGUGCAUUUUGGGGGUGUUUCCUAUGCUAAGUGUGUUAUCAAACACAUUGAGGCAGUUUGUAGAAGUUUCAUUUGGAGUGGUGGGGCUGAGAUCACUAGAAAAGCUCCUGUUGCUUGGGACAAGAUGUGUGAACCCAAGAAUUCAGGAUAUUUGAACAUCACUGCUCUUAAUGAAUGGAAUGUGGCUACUCUGGGCAAGUUAACAUGGAAUAUUCAGGCAAAGGCAAACAAGUUAUGGGUGAAGUGGGUCAACAGUUACUAUCUGAAGAACCAAAACUUUAUGGCUUGGCAAGCUAGAGCUGGAUAUUCAAGCUUGAUGAAGAGCCUGUGCACAUGCAGGGACCUAAUAUUAUACACUAACCACUGGGCUGAAGCUGUGCAGAGUGGAAGAUACAAUACCACUGAGAUGUACCAAUGCCUUAGGGGUGAGAGAGCAAAAGUCCCUUGGAGGAAAAUCCUGUAUAAGAACUUGGCAAGACCAAGAGCUAAAUUUCACAUGUGGUUGGCUUUGACGGGCAGGAUUAGUACCAAAUGUCGCAUUCAAAAAUUUGGCAUUCAUACUGAUUUACUGUGUGUUUUCUGUACAAAACAAGAGACUAUUGCCCAUUUGUAUUUUGGCUGCAACUGGACUGGUAGUGUUUGGACAAGUAUUCUGCAAUGGCUGGGAUAUCAUAGGAAUCCUGCACCGUGGCAUCAGGAGCAAUUGUGGUUAGCCUGCGAAGUGUCGAAGAAAGGAUGGAGAAGGAACAUCUUGAAGGUUGCAGCAGCAGAGUGCAUGUAUGCGAUUCGGUAUCAUAGAAACUCUAUUAUUUUUAGCAAGGAACAAAUUGAUGAUCAGAUUAUCGGGAGUAUUAAGUUCAUAGUCUACACUAGGUGUUCUAGCAAUAGAUUACUUAAUCCACAUUUUGAUGCUAAUACUCUUUGCAUAGAGUGA